AUGAGUGUUUUUGUUGAGUUCUGGCCCGGGCUGGGUUGAUUCGCCAGCUGGGGACUGUCGUGAGCAGUCGCAGCGUCGGCUCCAGUUUCCUGCGCUCAAUUCCUAGCUGGAUGAAGUCAAUCUGAGUGACUAGGGAGAGAUAUUCUGCGUUGGAGUAAGUCCGAAAAAGAUUAAUUAACAGACCGGAGAACCCAAAAAAAUCUGGAUGAAAAUAAGCGCAGACCAGAAUGCCAGCGGGAUAAAAGACACUUCUUCUUCUCUUCCGUCUAUCGGUGAAAAAAACUAACUAGCAGCUAAAAGCUAGCUAACCUACGUUGCUGUCUUAAGUAGCUUUGAAUAGUCGAAUGCUUUUGUUUCUAAGAAGCACAAUUUUAAUGGGCUUCAUCUCUUUGGAGUUUACUACUACAUUACAACUGGGUCCGCGUUAACACUUCAAUGUUAGCAACGGUUAAGCAGGUAGGCUGAGGAGGUUGGUAGUUGGUUAGUUACUAGUUCAAACUAGCUCUUCGUGUUGGUGCUUGUUCAGCUGUCUUGAAAUCACUCCAUUGAGGUGAUUAGUUGGGCUUUUUUUUUUUUUUUCCAACAGUAAAAACGAGCUGUCGUCAACACUUUCAUACUGUACAUCUACCGUUUUUGAGCUUCGCUUUCAUCUUGGACCCAAACUGAAUGAAGUGCUUUAUUUUUCUAGUUUACAGCUGAAAGCUUCUUCUUUUUUACUUUUGCUUUUGACUGAAUCGCUUAGACUUUUCGUCGCCAUGGCAGCUGUAGCCAGCUACUCACCACCUUGGUGGGUGAACCUGCUGCACAGACUUCCCCACUUCAACUUAAAGUUUCAGCAAACAAGCAGUGAUUUCCAACCAGAAGACUGGACAUAUCAGCAGUCCAUCUUGUUGCUGGGCGGUUUAGCGCUUGCCUGUCUGGUUCUGGACCUCCUGUUUCUACUCUUCUACUCCAUCUGGCUCUGCUGCCGACGGAGCAAAACCACUGAGCAGCCCAACGCCGACUGCUGCUGCACGGCCUGGUGCGUCAUCAUCGCAACACUCGUGUGCAGUGCUGGCAUUGCUGUCGGUUUCUAUGGGAAUGGCGAGACUUGUGAUGGAGUGAAUCGACUGACGUAUUCCCUCCGCCACGCUAACCGCACAAUCACUGGGGUUCAAAAGCUGGUAUAUGAUAGUACGUCGUCGUUGAACCAGACAGUUGACAACAAUCUGCAACAGCUUGAGGGUCAGUAUGCUCAGCAUGCAGACUACCUCUCCAUCAUCCAAAAGCUGCAGGGCCAACUGGAUGAGCUGGUCAGACAGAUGGUUGAGAUUCCUUUCUGGGACAACAACCUCAUUUCCCUGGAAGAUUUGUCCACCAGCAUCGAGCUAUAUGACUGGUAUAGGUGGCUGGGCUACAUCACACUGCUGCUCUUUGACAUCCUCAUCUGCCUCCUUGUUCUGUUCGGCCUCAUUCGCAACUCAAAGGGAAUACUUAUAGCGGUGUGCUUGUUCGGUGUAGUGGCUCUUCUAAUCAGCUGGGUCUCCCUGGGAUUGGAACUGGCUGUCUCUGUGAGCUCAAGUGACUUUUGCUUUGCUCCUGAUACAUAUGUUACCUCAGUGGUGGAUCAGUAUGCGGUCAUCAAUAAAGAGAUCCUGCAGUACUACCUUAGUUGCAGUUUGGAGCAAACCAACCCCUUUCAGCAGAGGCUUUCUGGGAGCCAUAAGGCCUUAGUAGAAAUGCAGGAUGAUGUGUCUGAGCUGCUGCGCUCUGCCACCAGAGAAUAUAAACAGACAAAGGGAAGUUUGGAAGAGAUUCAGGGGAUUCUGAACACCACAGAGAUCAGCCUUCAUCAGCUCACUGCACUGGUGGACUGUCGCAGCCUGCACAUGGACUACGUCCAGGGAAUGACGGGACUGUGCUAUGAUGGGCUGGAAGGCCUCAUCUACCUCUUGCUUUUCUCCUUCGUGACGGCUCUUAUGUUCAGCUCGAUUGUCUGCAGCGUGCCUCACACCUGGCGAGUUAAGCGGAGCAACGAAGAUGGUGAAGAUGACUCUCUGAGCCCCGGCGGAAGGCAGAACCAUGACAGCCUGUACCGGGUCCACAUGCCCAGCCUCUACAGCUGUGGCAGCAGCUAUGGGAGUGAGACAUCCAUUCCUGCCACAGCCCACACUGUCAGCAACGCACCUGUCACAGAGUACAUGGCUCAGAACUCCAACUUCCAGAACUCGCGCUGUGAAAACACGCCACUGAUCGGACGCGAGUCUCCUCCUCCCACUUUGUAUUUGACUGCCGCGGACAGUAACAGCGGUCACUGCUGGCAGUUAAAGCCCUCGGAGAGUUCAAGAUCGUUUUGGUAACUUCAUCUGCUUUACUAACAGUACACCUCCAGCAUGCGAGCAAAGUACCUGGCCAACAGUCGACCCGAUCCCAACAACCCUCCAGCUCAUUAAACCUCUCCAAUCUCCACCAAUCUGCAUCGCUGCACAUCUCUGAAGCUUCUCCUCUAUCCAGUCUCUCCUCAAGUGAUCGGUUCCAUUUCUUCUGCUUCUUGCUUAUUUUUCUUGUCUCACUUUAUUUGAACCAAAUGUGCUUUUUCUUGCUUGGCUUAAGCAGAACCAGAGGACAUGCAUCAGAUGGCCAACUGUGUGUCCGACGUACAGAUGCCACUAAUCCAACUUCCACACUCCUUUGUUUAGCACUGCGUGGAUCAUUAAGGAUGCUGGGACUGAACUCCUGAGCUGAUGCAAUACACUUGAAAGAUUUUAAACAAGAAUUCAUGAUGACAUGGGUGACAUCAAACAUGGACUCUUCUAUUGAAGCUGGUUAAGUACUGUAACAUAUUCUGUCUUUACUCUGGAGCAAAUGCCUACAUCUGUAGAUAGGAUCUUUAAAGCUACCUAUUUCAUUGAUUAUUAACUUUAGCUUGUUAGGACUCUGUUUCUGGAGCUUGAACCGUACUGUACUUGUGGCACAUUCACCACACACUAACACACUUGGCUUAUAGUGGCAUUCUGUCUUAAACCUGUUGUCUGGGACCAGUGUUCCUGUGGUAUUGCAUGUCUGACCACAGUCUUAUUUUUCUUAAGACACAAUUAUUUCACUUGUUUUGUUUUUAUAUUGCAAUGAGCCCCACUUCUCUAGCAGUUGCUGUUCACUUGUGAAGAUCUGGAUCUGGCACAUGUUUUUAUUUGGUUGAAUGAAACUGAGAAGCCAGAACUCAUUUUUUUUCCCAGCAGAUGACUAAAAAAAAGACGAGUGUGUGGUCUUUGGAGCGCCCUGCGUCUUCUUAACGGCUUGUAAUGCUUUCUGUGGUUCUUUUAUUAAAAAAACUGCAAACUUCACACAGAAAAAAGCAGCAGUGAUCACCCAGUGGGAGCUUUUGACUUGAAAAAAUGGCUUUUUCUCAGGAGAUUUUUCUGAAAACAUUUUAUGCGUUUGCAAUGCAGUGCCUCAAAUGUGUUUUAGCAUUUAUAUAACACUCAAAAGGGGUAGUGGCUGCUGUGAAAGGAUUGUGAAAACCUCUACUUUCUGUGUAAAAGAAAAAGGAAUUUCUCUUUUAGGAAAAUAAUCUGUUGCAACAUGACGAACUUUCAAAUGUGGAGUGAGAUGUCUGUACUCCCACUGCCUCUGCUUGCUUCUUAAGAUGUGAUGUGUAGGAAGUGAUGUUGAGACAGUGCCACGUUAAGCACAAACCUUUUAGUAUCUGAGAAAUGUUUUACAUGUCUUUAAUUCAACCAGCAGCUCCUUGGUGGCUGUGAAACAAGAAAAUGAGCCUGAGUUUAAAAACAAAUGUAUGCUUUCUUUAAAUAUUCACUGAUGCAGUCUGGUUUUUUUUUUUUUUUUCAUUUUUUGUAGUAGUAAUAUUGAUCUUGUUCUAAUACAGAUGAAGAUCAUUAGAAACAUUUCCAACUCUGAAAAAAUUAUUUUUCUUUUCUUUAAACAAAACCUGUGAUUAAUUUUUAAGGCAUUUCUUUUAUUUUACCUUUAGAAACAUGAAUUCAUGUAAAUAUUAAUAGAUUUGUCUUUCUUUUGUGUAAUAAAAUCACUGUAGAUCUGUUUUUUUAUACAUCAUUUUGUAAUGUGUACGUGUAAAGGCUGUGGUCACGUUGAAGCUUGAAUGCUGUGUUUUAAAAUUAAAGGAAGUUUAACUGAA